AUGAUUGACUUGUUUAAUUAUCUUAUAUUUGCAGUUGACAUCAAAUUGAAUGGAAAAGAAGCUUAUUCUAGCAAGAUCAAUGUUAGAUAUAUCGGUGAUAAAAGUAAGACCGAGAAAUGUAGGACGAGACUGGGCCAAGAGAAAUCGAGAGGAGAUGUAAACUUUAAGCGAUUUUGUGCUUCUUAUCCAACUGCCCUUUAGUAUGAUGAUUGAAUGAAUCAAAAGGAUUCACAACGCCAACAUCCCUUUAUCUUAAUUUUUCCAGUAUUUUUACAGGUUUUGAAUGUUUAAUUAUGACGUUGAAUUGAAGAAUAGCCCGACAUCCAACAAGAAUACGAUUUGUUUGUUUGUUUACGCUUCAUGUGAUAUAAAUUUAGGUCCGUUCCCUGUUUAUAAGUCCGAAAUCAGGGUAGAUGUAUAUGUUGUAUGCAAACCAGGUGUUAGAUUUGUGUAGAUAUCUGGUUCCAAGUUGAAGUUUUCGAAAAUUGAGCAGACACAUCCGAUAUUUUUGAAUUAUUCCAAGUAUGUACGGUUUGAAGCCCUAAAAAUUCACUCCCUCUUCUUCAUUUUCAAUUACAGGUAAAAGUUUAAUUUUAAAUACAACAAAACUAGGAAUUAAGUUGUUGCUUGCAUGAAUCCUUUAAGAAGAGAUAUUAACACCUUCUUGAAGAGGAAUGAGGAACCUGUCCUGAUCUACUCGCACAUAGAUACGUGGUUGUGUCUGAUAUCUUCAACACAUAUUGUGCUAACUAUUUCAACUAAAGAUGAAUGCUUGAAUUACACUACGAGGAGGAUGACUUCCCAGUAUAUGUUUCAGAAAGAUCUCUAAAAGUGGUUGAACUUGAUUUUUAGAUCAACCUGAUAGACUUCUCUAAUGUCAAAGGCAAGAGCUACAAAUUUUAUUUUUACUGAGUAAAUUGUAGGGGGUUCGUUUUAGAUAACUUUCCAAAGAAUUACAAUUUGCUAAUAAUUUUGGGAUUCCAGAUUUGUUUACUGUUGCUACUGAGAGAAAGCAAAAGGUACAAGCUUUACUUUAUGGGGAAAAUGUUAAGAAAUACAAGUUAAAUGAAAGAAUG